CCUGAAUUCCUCCGAAGCCAUGGCGAGCAGAAGCAAUAUCAAAGAAAGCAUUGGCAAGCCAAUAAGAUGCAAAGCUGCAAUAUGCAGAAAAGCAGGGGAACCUCUUAUAAUAGAGGAAGUUGAGUUGGAUCCACCAAAGGCCUGGGAGGUCCGGAUCAAGAUUUUAUGUACAACUCUGUGCCACUCUGAUGUAAGCAUGUGGAAAAUGGAUUCGGGGCCAUUGGUUAAAUUUCCAAGGAUUUUCGGACACGAAGCUGUGGGAGUAGUGGAGAGCGUGGGGGAGCAUGUGGAAGAGGUGAAAGAGGGGGACUUGGUGGUGCCAGUGUUCUUAGCAAACUGUGGAGAAUGCAGUGACUGCAAGAGCCCAAAGAGUAACCAGUGCACCAAAUUCGGGAACGUUUAUACUGAUAAAAUGCCGAGAGAUGGAACGAGCAGGUUCAGGGACAUGAAAGGAGAAGUGGUGCACCAUUACUUGCAUGUUAGCAGCUUCUCUGAGUACACGGUGGUGGAUGUGACCCAUGUUGUCAAAAUUACCCAUGACCUUCCUGUUGAUAAAGCUUGCUUGCUUAGUUGCGGAGUUUCCACAGGGAUUGGGGCGGUAUGGAAGGUUGCUGACGUAGAAGAAGGAUCUACAGUGGCUAUUUUUGGGCUUGGUACCGUGGGCAUGGCUGUUGCUGUAGCAGCAAAGCAACGAGGGGCGUCAAAGAUCAUUGGCAUCGAUCUGAAUCCCGAAAAAUUUGAAAUAGGAAAAAGAUUUGGAAUCACUGAUUUUGUGAAUCCUUCCGAUUGCAAAGAGAAAGAGAAGUCCGUGAGCGAGGUGAUUAAGGAGAUGACGGAUGGAGGUGCUGGUUAUUGCUUCGAGUGCAUAGGCUUGGCUUCUUUAAUGGCUGACGCUUUUAAUAGCAGUCGAGAUGGUUGGGGAAAGACAAUUAUAUUGGGAGUGGACAUGCACGGCUCGCCACUGUCUCUAAGCCCUUAUGCCCUACUGAGAGGAAAAACUGUAACUGGAUCAUUUUUUGGAGGCAUCAAACCCAAAAUUGAUGUUCCCUUCCUUGCCAAGACGUAUUUAGACAAACUUAACAUAGAUGACUUCAUAUCGCAUGAAGUGGGGCUUGAGGACAUCAACAAAGCUUUUGACUAUCUCCUGGAAGGAAAGAGCCUUCGCUGCAUUAUAAGGAUGAAUCACUAACCAGCUUGUCAACAUUUUCAUGGGAUCCUCAAAUUAAACUUUGUCAUCCUUUAUCUCCGCAUGAUAAUAAAAAAAGCCUUGUAUUUGUAAUAUUAAGCCUACAAAUGGAAAUAAUCAUAAAUCAUAAUGGAGGAGUUCCUCUUGGCUUGACCUGUGUUAAGGCCCGAUGAUAACCCCUUACCCAUAUGAUCUUAUGUUGUGUGCUUCA